AUGCAUAAGUUUGAAUUUGUUGAUUUGGGAGAUCUGUUCAAGCUUGCAGAAUCGUACGGUGAUCAAAAGACUCGCGAAUUCUCCACAGAUGUUAUGGGAGUAUUUGAGAAUUGUGAAAAUCUUGAUCGGAUCGAUACUGUUAAUGGACCAAGGAGUAUAAUUCGUUUCAGGAUAACUGAUGGAAGGUAUUCACACAAGGCUACUGCAUGGGGGGACCUUGCAGAGAGAAUAGAUGAUGAAAGGAAAAAAGCAGUUGAGACACCCAUCAUUGUAAUACUCACUGGUACAAAGAUGAACACACACAGAAAUUCUGUCCAGUUAAGUACAACGUCUUCUUCAAAGGCUUACAUGAACCUUGAUAUUGAUGCUGUUAUUGCAAUGCGACAGAGGCUCAUUGAGGAAGGCUAUACUCCACGUGAAAAUGAUGGCCAAAGAUUUUCUCAACGGCAUGUAAGUGAGGCCGUGCAGACACUGAAUUUAAAGCAGGUAGCUGAACUAGCUGCAGCUGAUUACAUAAAGAAAAAUGUUUACUGCAACAUCAAAGUUGUAAGGGUAGAGGAAAAUCGCUGGUGGUAUGAUAGCUGCGGAGGUUGUGAAAAUGAGGUGCAGAAUCUUGAAGGAAAGCUAUACUGUGACAAUUGCAAGAAGAACAUUCCUGUUGCUGAAAAAAGGUACAGGAUCGUAAUUCUUGGUGAAGAUUCUACUGAGGCAUACAAUUUUGUUUUGCUUGAUCGUGCGGCCAAGAGGAUGAUCGGGACAACGGCAACUAAACUCAUUUCUGAUAAGUUUAAGGAUCACACAACAAAUGAAUUUCCUCCGCAGAUUAGAUCAAUUACUGGAAAGGAGCUUAAGCUCAAAAUAGUUAUUAAGGAAGAUAAUAUAGCCUCCAAGAGCAGACUAUAUUUUGUUGUUGAUGCAUGUUAUGCAAGCAAUUCUGGCUCCAUGAUCUCCUCAUCAACAGAUACACAGUGUACAACUUCUGCUGUUGGAGAUAGCUCAGUUGUUAAUCUUUCCGAGAGUGGUGAUACCCCUGUAACAUCCAAAUCAACUUCUAAAAAGGUUAAAUUGGAGAAGUAA